CCGGGCAGAGCCCCUCAGGUGGGCGCGAACCUCGCGUGGUACUGCUCUUCCGCCUGACAUCAAGUCUGGCCCACACACGCCUGGCCACGGGGGCGCCUGUAUAAAAGACGCGCCCAGCAGGGGCUGGAAGCGACUGUAGACUUCGGCUAGUCGAGGAUGGAGUGACCUGUGACGGCCCUGGCCACGCAGACCCAGCUCGACGCUCGUCGCCCGCUCGCUCAGCAGAGCCGAGCCCUGCACUGCCGCUCCAGGAAAGGGCACGCAGCUCAGGAAGCCGCCAUGGACCGCGACGGCCCCGCAGGCAGCCCCCUGAUCGCUAGGAACGAGACCGCGCCCGCGGUUGCAGCCACCCGCGACUCGAGCCCGGGCCGGGCAGGGGCAGGACCGGCGGGCCCCGGCGGCGGUGCGCGCCUGGGGGGCGGGCGGCCGGCAGCAGCGAACGCUGCGCGGGAGCGAAGCCGCGUGCAGACUCUGCGGCACGCCUUCCUAGAGCUGCAGCGCACGCUGCCGUCGGUGCCGCCGGACACCAAGCUGUCCAAGCUGGACGUGCUGCUGCUGGCCACUACCUACAUUGCCCACCUCACCCGCAGCUUGCAGGACGACGCCGAGGCGCCGGCAGACCCCGGGCUGGGCGCCCUGCGCGGCGACGGCUACCUACACCCUGUCAAGAAAUGGCCCAUGCGAUCAAGAUUAUACAUUGGUGCUACUGGUCAGUUUCUGAAGCAUUCUGUGUCUGGAGAAAGAGCAAAUCAUGGCAGUACUACAACAGACUCACAGCCUUAGGCUCUCCUCUGAUGGGUGCUGGUAGAAAGUGGCGUCAUUUUUAAAUAGUAGGAAAUAAUUCUAUAUUUAUUACAUCAGACAUAACAAACAUCAUUCCUGAAAGUUCACAUGUGAAUCCAUGGUUGGAAGUUCAGAUUUAUCUGUCUAAUCUAUAUAAAUAUGGAUUUAAAUAAUUGGUCUUGGAUAAAACACCCAGCUUAUCUAUUCAUUGUGAGAGAUAGUCACUACUGAAUACUGUAAGAAAAACUAUUGGAAAAAAGAAAAACACCAAAAUCGAAGAAUUGUGUAUGUAUCCAGAGACUGUACAUGUUUUCUGUAGUAUAUCUAGUACACGCUGAGAAGCUGAUACCUUAAUAGUCUUGACACCAGUAUUCCAUUUUUGUGAAAACCGGUUUGUGCUUAAAGUUGGUCUAAGAAGCCAUUUCAGUUGGAAAGCAUGAGAUCAUUUAUUCAGUUUUAGCUAAGUACGUGUGAAAAGAUUGUUGAGAUAAUAUGAAGUUGCAGUAACUUCUAUAACUAGUUAUUUUUCCCUCUUAGAAAACUUGGAGUAUUAGAAUAGUUUGCUGUAUUGGACAGGGCUUGGCCACCUUCCUAGAUGACUAUUAAAUAUCUUACUAUGUUUCCAAAUUGUGGAAGGCUUUGGGAAUCCCUGCAGCCCAGUGUGAAUAGCAGAUAAGUGUCACUGGGCAGAGGGUUUGUCACCCUCCUCCCUGGUUACUUCACCUCCAUCCCACCCAUGUUCAGGUCCUGGACUUGAUGAGCAGGUGCAGCUGCAGCCAUCUUACAGAGAGCCAAGCCUGUCAGGGGCUUCAAGUGAGCGCCCAUGACGGUUGACAGUCACUGCUUUGGCUAGGCUCCUUCUCUCCCUUGUCAAUUGCUGUUCACAAUCUACCUACUUGGCCAUUACGAAAUAUGAAAAAACUGGGGUGCCUGGGUGGCUUAAGUCAGUUAAGCGUCUGACUUCUCAGGUCAUGAUCUCGCCAUUCAUGAGUUCAAGCCCAGCAUCCAGCUCUGUGCUGUCAAGCUCAGAACCUGGAGCCUGC